AAGCAGACGGCUGACUUUGUGGUGAGAAGAAUAAAGAAACAUUAUAAGGAGUGAGAUCGUUAAUGUAGAUGUUUGGAACGCUACUUUGGCCGUUCAUUCUCUAUCUGGUCGCCAGCUCUUCCAUUCUGGAUCAUAUUUUCCUGUGGCUGUGUCGUUUGAUGCCGGGAGGGAGAAAAUUUGUCACCGUCAAGGCGAGUUGCCCGUCCAGUAUACGAAGUCUUCAGAACGCUGUACGAGGUUAUCGGUAAGUUUUAUCUUGUAGCCAAUCUUUGUCCUUUUCUUUGAUAAUAUUGUUUACAAUUUGUAAAGUCAUUCGUUUCUAUUUUAGAGUGUAACGUCUGCAGAAAUCGAAGGCCUGAUUGCCCGUGCGAAGAAGAAUUCUUGAUGAAACCUAACUACAUGUGUCUAGUGGCACGCGCGACUGCAUAAUGAACGCUAAAUUUCGCUUUCGAUUCAUUUGUUCUCCACAGAAACGGAUCGCCCCCAUCUACCAGUGGAAUACAUUCGAUCUCUUCGUUGUUAACAAUCCCUCCACUGUACCACUAUCCUCAUCCUAACUUGCCUGUGUUUACCUCAAUGGGUUUCGAAAUUUUAUUUUUUUGCUAUCUUGUCAGCGCGCUUGUUCUUCAGCAUGUCAACAUCUACAAAACGGUAGGUGCACUUAAUGUUGAGUAACUCUAAUUCCGUUCUUAGUAUGAAUGAGGGUACAAUAUAUCGACUUCUCUCGGCCAUUAAAAAAUCAAUUGAUUGUCAAAAAUUAGCGUUGUUCAAAUAAUUAUUCCUUUCCCGUGUAUAGUUUACAAACUGGUUAUCUCCCUACUUCUGUACCAGGUGUUCCAAUUCAUUGAUUAUUAAGCAGCAGCUAAAAAUUAACCUUUAAAAAUAGCGCUCGCUCGAUUCUUGUCAGAAAUAGCCAGUUGGGGUGACGCUCGAGUAUUUUGUACAUCGGUAGAUUUGAAAAUACGAAAAUGAUUAUUGUUGUGCGGUAUACCAUUAUUAUUAAUUCGCCUAUCCCCCCGUGGGUAGUUGACGGAAAUGAAUUGUGAUGCUAAUUGUGGAGUAGGUAUGGAGACAACACGCCAUUGUUCUUUUCCUUUGAACCUGUCAAAUAUAAUAUAUGUGAGCUUCCUUUUCAAAGAUGAAUGAUUUGGUCUACCAUUUUACCUAUAAAACGCAUGAGUAGUAUAUUGUUGUUCAGGAAAUGACUUAACAUUCAAAGGGUCAGAUGUCUUGAGUUCUGAUCUCCACCAGGUUAGCUGUUUUGAUGUAUGUAGCUUCAAGGAUGUGAAGAUUUAUGGAGCAGAUGUUUCUUUCUUUUAGUUUUAAAGUUAUGUAGUUCCAAAAUUAUAAUCAGCUGGUUCCCAGUGUGACGAAAAUUGAUUGUUGGGGAUGAGAAUUUUAAUGUUAGUUACCAGUAGUUGACUUACCAAAGUCUUGUUAGUGUUCUUGAAUUUAUGAUGAAAAUGGACUCAAAAAAUGAGUUAGCCAGUGUUUCAUCUUUUCUGCUUUUAUGGUGACUGGUGAUUUUUCAUGGGUAGGAAAUUGUUUUAUUUAAAGAUAUGUCUUAAAUCCUUUCACUCCCAAGAUGGCAUUAGUAAUUCUUGUUACUCUCUGCCAUAUAAUUCUUUUGUUGUAAAUCUGGAGAACUUGGUACUGGGUCAACUAAUAAUCCCCCAAGUAAUAUUUUUCUCUAUGCUCAUAACUUUUCUGGUUGAUGUUGUAUUGACAUUGUAAGGACAACUUUUGUCUUUGUUACUUGUGGGAGUAGAAUGGUCAAAGCUUCAUGUUUUGGUAUUUUUGUGAGGUGAAAAUUCUACAAAGUAGUGUCAAACUUGUUCCAUAUUAUGGUUUGAAUAAAAAUGUUUCAUGCUCACCUCAGGGAGUGUAAAACAUAAAUUUUAGACCCAUUAAUCAAAGUGGGUUUGUCAAAGUGCAUGAAUUUAAUGAUUUUUUUACAAUAGGAAAAACUUAAAAAGUGACUGAAACCUUUUCUUUCAAUAUUGAUUUCAGGCCUUUUUAGCGGGCCUCUCCAGAGGUGCAGAGGUGUUGCUAGUCCUCUCUCCUUUCAAAAUUUUACACAUUGACUAUCUUAAGAAAUAAUGUUACCGUGUUCACCCGGAACACUUUAACAUCAGGAUGGAUAUUCUCUUAACUGUUCUCUAAACAAUUCCAAAAGCACUGACCAUGAGAAAUUAUCUCACAAUCAUGAUCUUCUUUAGUUUGGGAUCAUUUUCUUUAUUCUCGUGACCUAUAUGUUUGAUUCAGGAGUGAUAUUGUAAGGAGAAUUUAGAUGCCUGAUGCUCUAAAGGAUCAUAGGGUUAAUGAAAAAGUCAACUUUGUCAUCUGGUCAUGCUGGUGAGAGUAGUCUAGGGAAUAAUUCUUGUUGAUGGCAAUGACUGAUAUUUCAGCAACCUGAGCUGAAGUCUUCAUUAAAAUCAGGGAAGGAGUUGUUUGUUAGUUCACUGUUACAAGUCUGGGUUAUGUGAACUGAUUGUUCAGAUUUGCUGUGAUUUUUUUGCCAUAGGAGUCAAGUAGCUAGUUUUUGUCUCGUUGGUAAAGUUAGGUCAUUCUGUUCAGUUUAUUUGCUAUUUUAAUGCCAUUUGUAACUUGUUUGUACAAUGCUGCUAACUGUAGACAUCUGUCAUGAGGAGUCUGUUUUAAGCUAGUUAUCAGCUUUCAAAAAUCAGUCUUUAAAAAUAGUUGAAACAGUCACUAACCAAUGUCAAAUGUACAGAUAUUGCUCUUGGGUGUAAGCAUCUUUUCAAUACAGUGAAUACAAAGCUAGGAAGCACUACAGUCACUGAACAGGGCUUAAACUUGGACAACUGUAACGAAAGUCAUCAUUAAAGUAUUAACUUUUAGCCCUUAAACUCCCAAGAUCUCAUUAGUAAUUCUCCAAACUGUGUGCCAUACAUGAAUAAAGGGGUAAGUUUCUAAAGAAACUGUGGUGCUGCGUCGGUGGGAGAGUAAAGCAGGUAAUUUAGUGUUAACAACUGGGUUGAAAAGGUAAAUUAGCCACCGUAAAAGGGUAAAAAAGCUGACGUUUCGAGCGUUAGCCCUUCGUCUAUCGCUCUGACGAAGGGCUAACGCUCGAAACGUCAGCUUUUUUACCCUUUACGGUGGCUAAUUUACGUUUUCAACCCAGUUGUUAACACUAAAUUACCUGUGUGCCAUACAGUUCUUCUGAUGUUAGUUUGGAGAAUUUGGUAUUGUGUCAACUGAAAAAUUCCCUAACUGAUAUUUUUCUUUAUUCUCAUCACUUGUCUGCACAAUAUUGUAUUGAUAUUGUAAGGAGAAUUUCUGUCUUGGUCACUCAUGGGAAUUAAAGGGUUAAGACAAUUCAAGCUGUAUGUGAUGUGCAUCUUAUUAUAAAUUUCCAGCUGCUACUACAGUGCAUUAUAUGUAUCUGCGUCCCACAUUUGUUAUAAAUGAGGUUAAACUUCAUAUUUCUACAAUUUUCAUCACUUUUGUGAUGAGUUGUGAAGUCAUUUGUUGCAGUGUUUAUUUUAGUUUGACUGAGAAAUUAUUUUUUUUCAUGGCAGAAUAUUCACAUGGUUGAUAUCCACCUUAUGUGGUUCAUUGCCAUUUUCCUGAGUCGAAGAGUGGCAUGGAAUGUAAUUGGACAGGUAAUUGUAGAUGAGUUAUAUAAUCAUGAUGCAUAUUCGUCUAAACAUCAACCCUUUAUACCCCAACAUCAGUAGACACACUCUCUAUUCUGUUCUCUAUACAUUUGUUAAGGUGCUGACAAGGAGAAUUUGUUUAAUGACUAAGAGCUUCUUCAGUUGGUGAUAGUUGCCUUUAUUCUCAUGACAUUUAUGUGUGAUUCAGUGUUGAUAUUGUAAGGAGAAAUUAGAUGCUAGUCGCUCCUUGGGGUUAAAGGGUCAACCAGUGUUUCUUAUGAGUGAGGUUGACUAGUAGCCUGCUGGGCUUUAAAUCAACCAUUUUUGACCGAAAUUUAUUGCUGAAAACUUUUCCUCCUUUUCCUUUCCUGUAAUGUUUGAUUCAGGGGUGAUAUUGUUAGGGGAAAUUAGUUGGUAGUCACUCUUAGGGAUCAAGGGGUUGGGAGGCUUUGGGAAAAAAAAAAAAACUUCCCACUGAUGUUUUGUUACUUUUGCAUAAGCUCCAUGUUAUGUCCAAGUCUUUCUCAACUAUGUCUUUUGCCAAUGCACUGGUAUAGCAUAACAAUCUUCUUAGGAACUAGUAAUUCUUUUCAAACUCUGCAGUAGGUUUCCUUCCUCUGUGGGUGAACAGGAGAAGGCAGGAACAUUCCUAUUAACCUUUUACACCCUAACAUCAGUUUCAUAUUCUCCAUACUGUUCUCUGUACAUUUAGUAAUGUGCUGACAAGGAGAAUUUGUCUAAUGAUCAGGAGCUUUUUUAGUUGGUGAUAGUUGCCUUUAUUCUCAUGACAUUUAUGUGUGAUUCAGUGUUGAUAUUGUAAGGAGAAAUUAGAUGCUAGUCGCUCCUUGGGGUUAAAGGGUCAACCAGUGUUUCUUAUGAGUGAGGUUGACUAGUAGCCUGUUGGGCUUUAAAUCAACCAUUUUUGACCGAAAUUUAUUGCUGAAAACUUUUCCUCCUUUUCCUUUCCUGUAAUGUUUGAUUCAGGGGUGAUAUUGUUAGGGGAAAUUAGUUGGUAGUCACUCUUAGGGAUCAAGGGGUUGGGAGGCUUUGGGGAAAAAAAAAAAAAACUUCCCACUGAUGUUUUGUUACUUUUGCAUAAGCUCCAUGUUAUGUCCAAGUCUUUCUGAACUAUGUCUUUUGCCUGUGCACUGAUAUAGCACAACAAUCUUCUUAGGAACUAGUGAUUCUUUUCAAACUCUGCAGUACAGUACUCUCUGUACAUUUACUAAUGUGCUGACAAGGAGAAUUUGUCUAAUGAUCAGGAGCUUUUUUAGUUAGUGAUAGUUGCCUUUAUUCUCAUGACAUUUAUGUGUGAUUCAGUGUUGAUAUUGUAAGGAGAAAUUAGAUGCUAGUCACUCUUGGGGGUUAAAGGGUCAACCAGUGUUUCUUAUGAGUGAGGUUGACUAGUAGCCUGUUGAGCUUUAAAUCAACCAUUUUUGACCUGAAUUUAUUGCUGAAAACUUUUCCCUUCAAAUUUUAACCUCCAAUUGAGCUGAAGCAAAAUAAUGCUCUUCCCUUCUCUAACCUUUUACACCUUAAUGUCAGUAUGCAUAUUCUCCAUACUGGUUCUCUGUAUAUUUCCUUUGUCAUUGACAAAGAGAAUUUGUUUAACAAUCAUGAAUAUCAAUGGUUAGGGGUCGUUUCCAUAUUUAUAUUCAUAUUCUCGUGACUUUAAUGUUUGAUUCUGUGAUGUUACUGUUAGGAGAAAUUAGAUGCUAGUCACUCUUAGUGGUAAAUACCUUGACCCCCUAAGAGUGACGAGCAUCAUUGGAUUGAUGUGAACCCCUUCCUUCAAAUCAGUGUGCCUUUUAAUACCAACAAAACUUUAGUCUUGGAACCCCCAUUGGAAAAUCCAUUCUAUAUCCCUGAUUUUUGUUUAUUUAUUUUGUACUUUUACAGACACUAGCCUCGGAAGUACUAUACACUGUCAAGUAUUUUGUUAACCUCUUCCUGAAGGGCGUGGCUCUUCUAUCACUUGUGUCAAGCUUUGUAUGGUUGUCAUGGAGAAUUAUUCAGCAAAACAGUAUACAAAAUUGCCUUUUUCUCUGCUACCCGUGAGUAUCAUAACUAUAUCAUGUUCAUGUCUUUGUUUUGGAUGAAAUUUGUGCAAUGAUAAGCAUAUCGAUGAGUAAUUUUCCUUUCUAUAAGUGGUCAAGAGAACUUCCUUGAAUAUCUCUCUGAUUAAGGGUUGUUCUUGUAUGAAAUGACUAUUGUUUUCUUGGUAAUGAAGAUUGAAAUUGUGCACAAUGUGGAAGCUUUCUGUGCGUUUUUUUGUUUUUGUGUUAGAGCUGUUUCCUUUAUGCAAACAUAACUUUCCAUCAAUUAUUUUCAUCGGAUGAACCAAACUAUUUUCUCCGGAAAAGUCAUGAAGUGUUUAAUGAUAGAGAUUUUCUUGUUCUCCAGGUCAGUGAUGUACAUAAUUACGUUUGGCUUCACCCUGGAUCCCCAGGGAAAUAAAGUAAUGCUUAAACUGAGUCCACACCAAGAGCUAGGCCCAUUAUCACAGCUACAGCUACUACAGAGCAGCCUACUGGACGCUAAAGGUGUAAUGGUGAACGGAAAUUCUAAACAAGAACUACCAGCUCCUCAACCAUGUUCACUGCCACCGGAUGCAGUGCGAUACGAAACAGAAUGCCUGAGAACCGAUUUUAAUCUUCGGAUCAAACAGGUUCUCUUUCAGUCACUCAUAUGCGCUUACUAUGUUGGGUUUAUUCCGAUGAAGUUCUCAGAGGUGAGGAUUAUAACUUGACUCCGUGAUGGUCAGUGACGAGUUGAAUAUUGUUAUGUGUUUUAUCUAAUUAUUCUGCAAACCUCUUCAAGGUUGUUCGAAGGGUAAAUAACGUUAUCUAAUGGAUAAAUCUCUGUCCGGUGGAUACCGUGGUACGUUUUGUUUACACUUAUUCCGUUAGCAAUUUAUCUGUUGGAUCGAGUUAUCGGCCCUUAGAAAAACUGGCUACCGGUAUAUGAUUUCUGUCCUUUGCAAAUCCUACAUUUGUCCGAAAGAGUAGGUACUUGUUGAAGUUUGAAAUAUGCUUUGGAAUUGACAACGGCGUCAUUUUAGUAGCAUGCAGAACGUUUGUCACAUGUAUACCUUGAAUAUGGCCUGCUUAUCUGUGAGGUCUGUGCAUCUCAGUACUGGAGGAUGGAACCGGGAAAUCCGGAGGUCUGCGGCUUGAUUGCUCCUACGGGGACUCAGAUUGUUUUCUUUACGUUCAAGAAAAAGGAAAAAAACUAUCCAUUUGACGACUGCCUUCUAAAAUUUGCCAUCUUUCUUGAUAUAUUUAUGUAAGUUCUUGAUCUUUUCACAGCAACAUUAUGUGUAUUACGACAUGUGGUGGGCUUGUCAGCACACGCUUUUCGUUUGGCUGAGCUGUUUGCUAAUGUUAAUGAUGUACAUGUUACCGCUGAAUUAUUGUGACGCUUUACAUAAGUGUGCACUGCAUCUUGGCGGAUGGGAGAGAUAUCCCUGCGGUCACCGCGACACUCCACAUGUGUAAGUUGUAUAUUUAUAUGAAGAUGUGUUGGUCAUUUUAAUCCGAUGACCUCCGCAGGAGCUCUUUUAAAAGUGUGGUUUGUAACCUGACGGACUUUCGGUAAGUUCAAAUCAGAACGAGUAAAUAAGAAAAUCAGCAAGAAGCUAAUUUAAAGCUUAUGUACUUCUUUCCGUUAGUCCACGACUUUAUUAGUUAACAUAUUAAUCGCUGACAUGAUAAUCGGUAUCUUUUGUCACUACCCCUAGAUGGUCAGCAUUAACGGUAUGGCCUCAGGGGGUCCUGGUGCGGCAUGGUAAACUUCUAUACAGAGCGCUCGGUAUUCAUAAUGUUGCAAUCCCAGGGGACGCGCAUCAUGGAAGAUUUUUCGUAAGUAUUUUAACACUAAGAAUUAUUCAGUAAGUUGCUGGCUUGCUUGCCUGGCUUUAUUUCAUUCUGUCUUUGGAUUUUCUUUUGAAAUGGGCAAUGCUAUGUUAAGACUGUUCCCAUCCGUAGAACUGUAGAUCAGCGUCAUUUAGUGGUGCUAGCUGAUACGUUUACAUUAUUGCUCUUUGUUUACGGAAUGGAUCCAAAAGCAGUUUCUCAGUAGCUUGAAUUCCCUGACCCACCCCCUUAAAACAACUUGUUGCCGAAAAAAGGGUAACCGAAGACAUUGCAUCACCCACCACUUCCCCACCCACGCGGGAAGAAAAGAGCUGAGGGGGGCUCACCAUUUCCCACCCCCACCCCCUCAGUCGACGUCAGGUCCUUCCCAACCCUUUCAACCGAAGCCUGUUUACUGGGUAUUUCAUGUGUACUUUUUUCUGACGGAAAUAAUAACUGUAUGGCUUCUGGUGAAAAUUUGUUAGCGAGCUUAUUUGCUAUCGAUACUGACGCGCAGUAACUUUGUUUUGUAGUUCAUGUUCGAAUCUCCCUUGCGACUCGUCAACUGGAUGGCAGCAGUUCUGUUGUUACUUGUCUUAUAUCAGCUGUUUAUGAUAACAAGGUCCCACUCCUGGCACCAGCUUCUCUCGGUCACUGGGCUCCUGACGUUUAAUUACCUGAUUCUCUACAGGCUCUUCCGAGAUCGCUGGGCACUUCAGGCUGUGGUACGAGAGAGAACAGGAACUUAAGUUCCUAACUAUAGAGCCACUCUUUAUUCAGUGCAAAGUGCGAAAAUGUGAUUAGUUACAACUUAUUGGGCAAGGUGCAAAGGUACAUGCAGAUUUUAUACCACCAGUCGUUUAGGGGUCUUCAUCUGCGAUCAAUUUCAAAUAGUUAUUAUUCAGAUGAUAUGGGUUGGUUUGACUCGGAAAUUUUACCGUGCAUACUGUUCGGACUCUGUCCUUCUUACUGCGAGGGUUAUUUUUCUUGGUGAUAAAUUUCAAAUUUUGGUCGCCAUUUUGGUGAAGGGUCCCUUCUUUUUAAGAAAACAUAGCAUCUUGGCAUAAGAUAUGUAGGGACGAGGGAAAACUGGGGCUAGCGACGAUAAAGCGGGACUAAGGAGAACGACCUUCUCGUCAUUUCUUCCCAAGACCCCGCCGUUGGCUGGCCGGUUUCAGAAUGGCAGCUCAGAAUGAAAAGAGAUACUUACUCUGCAACAUACACAUUAAGGCUUUUUGCGCUAAUAGUAUUAGUUUUGAAGUCGAACCAAACAUGGGAGAGGACUCUUCAUUGUUUCCAGUAGUUCCUUACAAGUAAUCUUUAGAUACCGAUUCCAAAGUUAUUUAUUAUUUAUUUUUUUGCAAUCAAGUAGGGUUAAUGAAAGUUCUUGGCUAGAAAAUAAUUUUUAUUAUUAUUUCUGGAGUUUGCAUAUCUUGAGAAGCUUCGUUCUCAAACAGCCCUCCGGAAGAGUUAGCUGACAAAAAGAUGGUAGAGGGAAUAGGAAAAUAUUCUUGUUUUGUGAUCUUCGGUAUUCGCGAGAGACAAUCAACGUAGAGGUGUUUUGAAACCGCCUUAUAGCGACCUGCUUGCCCAAUGUGUUGUA